GUAGUUUUCCCGCGUUAUUUUAGAAUACCAUUCGUGGAACCGAAUACUGAACGGUUUUACUUUAACAUUUUAUUAAAUCUGUGCGCGAAUGUUGUGAAUGUUAUUAAUAAUAUUGUAGAGCUGAAGUAUUUUAAGUCUGCUCUUGAGAGCAGGCAUUUGUGUAAUUAUGUCAUCCAGAAAACGUAUAAGUAGAAGACGUUCAUUUCGUAAAGAACCUGUAAAGUGGUUAGGUUCCACUACUAAAGAAAAUAAUUAUUUGAGGUUUGAGUUUGGCUCGGUGGUCGCCGCGGUGGGGGACUUCGUGCUGGUCCUGAACGCAGAUGCGCUGGAGCCGGACACGGUGGACGGCAGCGACGUCGCCAAGAUACUGCGGCUGUACGAGUCGGACACCAACGCGGAAGACCCGUACCGCGCCGUGGUGCAGUGGUACUCCCGCGUGCGAGAGCUGCCCAAGAAGACCGCGCUGCAGCUCGAAGGAUGCCCGGAGCUGUGCCCCGAGGCGGAGGUCGUGGAGGACACCCGGUCGUUCGACGACGACAUCAGCCUGGAAACUGUGUUCCGCAGUUGCAAGGUGGUGUUCCUCCCGCCGAGCCGAGACCCCCGAGAGGCAGCACGCGAAGGUGGCCCCGCGCCGUUGUUCGUGUGUCGAUUCCGGUUGGUUCCUCGCGCCCGCACUUCCUUCGCUCUGGAGCCGGUGUCCGCGGUCGACAAGGGGGGAAACUUGAAAACACUGCGACGCAAGAUAUUUCCGUGCGACGAAGAUUCCACCCACGACUCUCCAGAGAAAAAGAAACUGCUGAGUCCUGAUAGAAUAACUGGACUGCAGAGUGCUAGUUCAGACAGCGGUGACAGCGGCGAUGAGCUCAUCAAGUCCAGCUCUCACAGCAAGCGUCGAAGGAGACGGCUGUCUCGUUCCUCCCCGGGAAGCAGCAGCAGGAGCGCCGGGGUCGCACCCGGGACGCACCAGUCCUCCGCCGGGAAGACGGGACACGGACUGAGGGGUCCCGUUGCUGAAGCGGGCGGGGGUCGCCGGGAGGAGCGGUCCACGCCGUCCGUCGGCAAGAAGAGGUCACCGGGCUCGCGCCAGGCCAGGCGGGCACUGGGGCUGGACUUCGAGCUGCGGCAACGCAGAGUGACGGACAGUGACGAAGACAGCGACAGCGACGACGUCACGAAGCAGUCGACACCUGCGAGGAAGGGAAGUAAGGCUGCGUCGAGGGACCACACGCCCGGCAUGCCGCAGCGCAAGUGCUCCGUGUCGACCCCCUCCACGGUGCUGGAGGAGGCACGCUCGCGCCUGCACGUCUCGGCCGUGCCGCAGGAGCUGCCGUGCCGCGAGGAGGAGUUCCGCAGCAUCUGCCAGUUCCUGCGCUCCAAGGUGCUGGACAGCGUGGGAGGGUGCAUGUACAUCAGCGGCGUGCCCGGCACGGGGAAGACAGCCACGGUCCGUGAAGUGCUCGGCUACCUGCGCGGCGCGGUCCGUGCCGGCGAGCUGCCUCAGUUCAAGCUGGUGGAGGUGAACGGCAUGCAGCUGACGAGGCCCAGCCAGGUGUACGCGGAGAUCCUGCUGCAGCUGACGGGACAGAAGCUGAAGGCGGAGCAGGCUCAGCAGAUCCUCGAGAAGAGGUUCAAGACCCCGGCACCAAGACGCACCAUGACGCUCCUGGUCGUUGACGAGUUGGAUCUCCUGUGCACGCGUCGCCAGGACGUGGUGUACAACCUGCUCGACUGGCCCAACUACAGCACGGCGCACCUGGUGGUCAUCACCAUCGCCAACACGAUGGACCUGCCCGAACGAAGCUUCAUCAACAGGGUCAACAGUAGAAUGGGUCUCACCAGGAUAACGUUCCAGCCGUACACUUACGUGCAGUUGCAGAAGAUUGUGAUGUCGCGACUGCAGGGCCUGGAUGCGUUCGACCCGGAUGCAGUCCAGCUGGUAGCUCGCAAGGUGGCAGCAGUGUCGGGGGACGCUCGGCGGGCGCUGGACAUGUGCAGGCGAGCCACAGAGAUCUCGUCUUCGUGCAGCGAGACGGUCUCCAUGGACCACGUCAGCCAGGUGCUGCAGGAGAUGAUAACUUCGCCCAAGAUCCAGGCCAUCAGGAGCUGCAGCGUGCUGGAGCAGGCCUUCCUCCGGGCCACGGCGGCGGAGGUGUCUCGCACGGGGGUCGAGGAGACUGUGUUCAGCCAAGUGUACCAGCAGCUGUGCACCCUGUGCCUCAUCGACAACCUGACCAGACCGUCCGUGUCGGAGGCGUUCGGCCUGUGCGCCCGGCUCGGGGCGUGCCGGCUGCUGCUCACGGAACACGCCCGCGCGUCGUCCUACCAGCGCAUCAUCCUCAACGUCAGCGUCGACGACGUGCACUACGCCACGUCCCGGCAAGACAUCGCCGCGGCGUAGCGACGCGUUCCUGGUCUGUCCUUGUGCGAAAAAUAACUGUAGGGUUGGUUUCCAAACAAAUUUCCUCCCUUCGCUGCCAAGUGUCUAUUCACUGCAAACAUCGGGAAAAAAAAUUGUACGAAGUUGAAUCAUUCAGAAUUCACAGGCUGUUUGAUUAAUGACUGCCUAAACAUAUUUUAACAAAUGCAAGAUAAAUUAAACUGGUGUACGUGUUAUAUUAAGUUUCAAUUUCAUUUGUUCAGAUCUUUGCUCUAUUUUAAACUCUGUAUAUUACAUUCUUCUUUCAGUGAAGUUUCAUAAUGUGCUUAUAGGACCUCUGUAUGAAACAUAGUAGUAAAUGUUUCCUGUCCGUCGCAGCCUUGUUUACGAUGUCUGACACAAGUCACACGUGGCUUGAGGGGGCAGUGUUUCGUGACGCUGUUAGUUUCCUUAACUAUGUAUAUUUCUUCAGUUAUUUCAACUAUAAAGUAAAGGUAAAAUCUGUAUAAAUAAGUAUACAUCAUCAUAAGCAUUAGACCUGAGUGUCGAUUACAUAUUCACAUUCAUUUAUGAGUAUGUACAAAUGUCUUGACAGACAAUAGUAAUUUAAAAAAGAAAAA